CGUUACCAGUACUGGAACAAAUAUAAUGUUCGGUCGGUGUUUCAACUUGCAGGGAACAUGAGUGAGAGAAAUUUGACUGCUGUCAUCUGGAUUUUUUGGAUAAUUCUUCGCGAGUGCGCUGAUGUAGGAUGUACCAACGAAACUAGACAAAAUAAUACUUGGCGAGAGUGGGACUUCAGUCCAUCAAACCGUAAAUGUGUGUAUCUUAAACUUGACAAUCGUUCCAGUUCGGCAAAUCUGAACCAAAUUAAUCAGUGUGACUAUGAACCCAAGUCAUCUGAGCCACCUAGUUGGCUUCAGCACCAGCGGUCCACACUAUCUCCAAAUUUUCCUGGAAUUGAUUGGAAUGUAUCGAUGCCACGAGAAAAUUUCCAACUUAUUUUACUAGCGAUACCACAUGUGAAGAAUAAGAAGGAAUGUGCUUGUGAUCCUAGGGAAAAUGUUAAUCUGCUCCAAAAUAUUCCUAAUGCAAAGGACUCAUCAAUGUCUAUAAAAAAAGAUGUACCUGCUAGUAGUACGUUUAUUGACAUAUUUACUGGCUGUUAUUACUUCGUGAUGAGAAAUGAAAAAAAAAAAAGUUGGUUGUGGGGUCCAUAUUUUUACAAUACCACGCAUCCUGUUCAUGAUCCAACCUUGAAAUGCCAUUAUGAAGAUGUUUCAAACGUGGCCAUUGAAACGAGUCGAAUAUUACCCUUUACCAUAACCGUACCAACAACCUGUAUGGAAUUGAAUCUUAUGCUGUGGGAAAUUGACAAAGAAAAGUCAACAAAAGAGGGUGAUUUUGAUAUGUCCACAUCACGGCCAUCGCAGAUCUGCCAUGUGAACAUGGUGGCUAACUUGACUUUUCGAUGCCAGUACAAUGACACAGACCUUACCCUUUCGUGGCCAAUGGAACAUAAGUAUUCAACAGAUGGUGCCUGGAGCGUUAAGGUCGUAUGGAAAGGACUGAAAGAAGGUGACGUUUGUUACUCACCAGAAUUUUCACAAACAAACAUGCCGAAUGUGCUGAACUGUAGUGAAUUCCAGUUAGACUUUAGACAAUGGAAAAAUUAUGCCACAUUCGGGAAGAUCAAGCUAUCUUGUUAUAAUAAGGCUAAAAUACCUGAAGCUGGUUGGAAUCUUCAUGAGCUUGCAUUAACUUCAGUUGCUGUUCUCUUGGUAUCAAUAUUGCUCUUUUGGAUGUUCAAAUUUUUCAGAAUCCGACGUAGAGGACGCAAUGUGGAAAAUGAUGUAACCUUCAACACAAUAAAUCCACUAUUGUACAAAGAAAAGCCCAACAGAAUUUUAAUAAUUUACACAAAGGGUCCGUCUUCGUUCAUAGAAGAAAUGAGAUCUUUCAGAGAUAAGUUGGAGGAAAGGUGCGAUUGUCCGGUUUACGACUUGCAGUCAGACGAAGACAGUGAUUUAAAUGUUGAACUUGGUUCCAAUGAAUGGAUUGACCGUUUACUAAAACAUGGCUGUAAGGUCAUUUGGGUUGACACCCCACAAUUCCGUUUGCUCGUGGAAAAUGAUGAGUCGCGUAUAAAGUUAUACGAGGACUAUGCAGUUGAUUUUCGUGAUACUGCAAUACCAUUUGCUCUUGCUACAGCCAAAACUUUAUAUCAGGACCCAAUCACACAAUAUCGAGACCACUUUAUUGUCCGAUGGAAUGGUUUCGAAGUGACUGACGGACCUGAUGACCCACUUGCCGUGAUCUCACCGCAUACUCGUUUUCGGUUACCCGAACAUUUUGAUGAAUUGUGUUCACACCUGUGAGUUGAUGCUGAUUUCGAUUUUAUUUCGUAAAAUGCAAAUAUACGAUAUUUACGAACACGUUUUUUUGCGUCAUAUGGUGGUCAUUGAUCAGGGAAAACUGGAGAGUAUAAGAAU